AUGGCAGCCAUGGAAGCACUGGAGCCCUCAAGUUCAGACCUUCAGGCCUUCAAAGAGAUCUCAGACGAUGAGAUCAACCUCCCCCCUUCAGAUGAUGAAGACGAUGCCCUGGCUGCAGCCAAAAAAGAGCUGUCCACCAUGGGCACUGAGGGGGACGCCGCUGAAGAGAAGGACGAGGCUUCGAAAGGGGACCAGCAGGUGAAUGGGGUCAUGGUGCUGACUUUGCUGGACAAGAUCAUCGGAGCAGUGGACAAGAUCCAGCAGACCCAGAAUGGGUUGGAGACCAGGCAGCAGGACAUGGAGCGUACGGUGACCAGCAUCCAGGGCGAGCUGACCAAACUGGCCAAGAGCCACAGCACCACGUCCAACAGCGUCAACAAGAUGAUGGAGAAGGUGCGGAAGGUGAGCGUCAAUGUGAAGACGGUGCGGGCCACCCUGGAGAAGCAAGGAGGCCAGAUCAAGAAGCUGGAGAACAACGAGGCUGAGCUGCUCAAGAGACGCAACUUUAAAGUCAUGGUUUACCAGGUGAGAGAGUGUUUGUGUGUAGAAAUGUAUGCAGCAAGGUGUGGUUGAGAUGUGAGGCUGUGUGUGAAGAUGACACCUUCUCACUUUAGGGAUGGGUGUGGCCCACUGGCUCUGGUCACGUCGGCAUCAGUUUGUAAAAAAACAAAAAAAAAACUGCAGUACUGUGGUGUGUAUCAGUGAGGGUUUAAUUGGAGGGAACAGGAAGGCGUUGGUUUGCCAAAGAUGUUUUUCCUCACUUUGCUGAGGUGCUGAGGAUUGCAGGGAGUGGUUAAAGGUUACCUCAAAGUCUUGCUGGCAAGUGCCCAAGUGACAGGCUGUGCUAUCUCUCCUAAGGCAAUGAAAACCUUCACUCAGAAAGUAAGAGGGAUCAUUUAAAGAAGAAAAAGUUUCCUCCUCACCUUUUGAUUCUUUGUCUUCUUGCAGUAUGGCUUCUGUGCUUGUAUACCUUAUAUAUCAUAAAGGUCUGAUGAUGUAUACAGAUGAAGUGAAAAAAAAGUCCAAAAAUAUCCUUAACCUAAACUAACGUGGUUUUGAGAGGGAACCGUGACCACACGUAGGUUGAGGGCAACUUUCUGAUGUCAAACUGCAAACCACUCACCCAAACCUCACUAAGCUGCAAAGACGAAUGAAUGGAUUAAAAAAACUUUCUAAAGGUAGGUACAUUUGAUCAAAUGUAGGUAAGUGUAUCUAAAAGAUAUGCACAACACUUAACUCUAAAAAGUUUAGCACAUGUCGAAGGAUGCGACAGCAGAAAGGCCACUGAAACAGAAAAAAAAAAUUCAGAAUAAAACCAUGAUGUUGUGAGGGAAAGUUGUUACAUAACUGGAAUGAAAUCCGCUUCAACAGCUCUGCCAUAAAUUCAAAUUUUGUGGAAACAGAAAUAAAAAUAUUACUUAAUGGGGAAAAAGUUGUUAGGUGAAGAAAAUAAACUUUUAUUGGUUAUAAUUGGUUAAAGUCAAUAAUUUAGUGAAUGACAUUACAAAAAAAAUUUUUUUUUUAAGAAUCACAAUGUUACAUCACAAAGAUGAAAAUGUAACGAAAACCAAGUCUUAAUAUGAGAAGAGAACAAAGCUGUUUUGUAAUGAGGAUAAUAUUGCUAGAAAAAGUCAUGAUGGCAUAAGAAUAAAGUUGUUACGUCAAGGGAAUAAAAUUUUAAAUAUUGGUAGAAAAAAGCUGUUGUCUUACGAGAAUUAGGUCGUCAUAUUGAAUUUCUCUUCGGGGAUAAAACAAAGUUAUUAUUAUGUUUAGUGAACUAAACAAAACAAAACUAUAACUAUGGUUUCUACCAACUUUAUUCUUGUAGCUUACAAUUGUAUUCUUGACAUUGCAAUAGUUCAUCAUGCUCACAAUACAGCAAUUCCAGCUGUGCUACUAAAAAAUCAAACAUAAUUUUAUUUUCUGCUGAUUUCUUAUAAUCGUUUUUAUUAUUUAUUAAGUUUAUCAAGGCAUACUUCAUGGUGUCGAUUAAGGCAAAGCACAUAAGUGGCAUUCUUAUUAGGUAGUGUCUCUAUCUCUGUCCAGAUGUUGCUCCCCUGCCCCACCCCAACCCUACAGUCCUCAGUAUGGAUCACAGGUGGCUUCCAGAUAUCUCCCCUCCACAGCACACCAUGUAUAAGAACACAAGCCUUCACAUGCUAGCCCAGCUCACUGCUCGCUGCCUAAGUCAUGAGGAACCCAUUCGGAAAGUCAUUUUCACUCUUUCCGUUUAAUUUUUUUUAAACAAAGAUGGAAAAUACCACAAGCAUGCUCAAGGUCCCGUGUGAGGCAGAGGAGCGGUAGCAAAGAGGAGGCAGAUGCUUCACCAGAGAAGGGAGACAGCAGGGUUUUUUUCUUUGAGGGGAGCUGAGGGGAGCCCUGGUUCUUUUUUUAGCCUGUAAGGCUGCAGUGUGAUGUGUAAUAGCUUGCAGCUUUUUGCACAGUGGUACGAGAACAUUCAGAGUUUCCACCCCUGACUCAGACUUCACGGCUUGGAGCGACCUCACUCUCAGUCUCUCUCUGUAAUAGCUGUAAAGAAGUCAAAUGAGAUCGCCAUCUUAGGCAGACCACGCCGUCUGAGAGUGGUUUGCAUUUAUAAUAUUCUCACAGUCUUACACAAUAAAUCUAGCUCUCUUGUUCUGGCACAAGAUUUUAAUGACCCGCAGAUGAGCGGGGCAGAGUGAUCAGCAAGAAAAAGAGCGAAUCCCUAUCAUCACAACAGGAGGAAUUCGAUGACUGUACAUUUCACAAUCUGAAAGCAUCAUCAAUCAUCUUUUUAAUUAGUAUAUAAUAAAGUCUAGAAGCUGCGGGCUGCAAGAUUUUCCACUACUUGAGGUAACACAUAGUGAAAAACAAAACUGGUUCAGAUUUUGCUUGUGUUAGCCAACAGCUCGGGCCCUGUGGCAACAGAAACUCCCCCUGAAAUGCCGAUCUCUGGCUCCCUCGCUAACUCAAAACACUGGCUUUGUUUGCGGCUGCCAACUAUGACAUAACGUCAGAUUCAUCUUCAUUAAAAAAGCAAACCACAACGUGUUGUUCUGUUUUCAAUUUUCUGUGCUUCUCUGUUGCCCUUUAAGAGCAGAUUCUUCCAAAAUCAGCAGUAGAUGGAGAAAGACUGGACCAGCUCCCCCAGUGAACUGUAACCUUGUUAUCUGACUGCAAAAACAGUGUGUCAACAUUUAACCACUUGGCCUUUGUAAGGAGUCAAAAUAUCAUCUUUUAUAUCUCUAUGCUGGAUCAAAUCAAGGCCUCGCACAGCAGCAGAGUCAACACAGUUAGAAAAGUAAAAACAAUAAGCCUGAUUACAGUUUUCUUAAUUACAGGGACACUGAGUCAGUAUUAUCACUCCGUUUUAAUUAAAACAGGAACUUUGGCAGCUGUAUCUGGAUGUAAAUCUCAAAGUAAAUGGUAGAUUUCUGUGUUGUUGGUAACAGAGGAAGGUUGUCAUAACAACAGGAUUUCUCUCUGGUUGACCCUACUUUAUUCUGAUAAACACAUGUUUCUUUUCCCACAAGGGAAUUAUAUAUAAAGAGCACAGUGGAAUAACAUUAACCUCAAAAUAAAAUCAAAUAUAAAGUAUCCCGAUCUCACCAAAAAACAGACUUUUAUAAAUCUACAGUUCGUCCAAAAGUUAAAUAGGCUCAGCGACUAAAGAAGCAACCUCUUAAAUUUCCCACUCAAGAUGUAAACAGUAAACGACACAUUUGACAGUCAAAAAGUCAGCAGGAAUUGUUUUUUCCAAUCAACAGACACAACUAAAGCCGAAGGACACACUGCUUUGUCUACAGGGGGCGCCAAAGUUGAUAGGAACCGAAAAAUUUCCUCUCAAGAUCCUUAAGCCCAAGAACCUCUCAGUUAAAGCAACAAAUUUUCAGGUUAAUUUGAUUAGAAAAGUUCUAUAUUAGCAGGCUGGGACUGUAUAUAAAACUUUAUGAGUGUAUGUAUUUUAAGAUAAACUAUAGAAACUACUGAAGAUGAAAUUGAAAAUAUGUCUACAGUAAUUUCACCCCAAAAUGUUGGUUUGCAAUAAAAUCACGUCUUCAGUGACAAAUUUUGAGGCGUAAUCUCAAUAAAAGUUGUGCAUGUUGCACAGGUGCAUCAAAAGUGGUGGCCCUUCUGUUAUUUGAUUGGCCGAUUCAGGUACCAUCCAGACCCAGCGGCAUGGGUGGGCAUUGGGGGGCCGUGCCCGCCCAACGAAUGUGCUGUGCCCACUCUGGACUAAAAGCGAAAUUUUCUAUUAAUUUGAUUUUGGGUUUGUUUUUUACCGUCAGAGUAGUCAUCUACAGUUAAUCCCAUCUAUCUUGACAUGUCAAUCAAUCCAACCAAUGGCACUACCAUCUCAAAAUCCCCAACUAUGACGAGCCAUAUCAGAGACAGUACCUUUGUUAAAAUCAACUAACUAAAACAGAAUCAGAGCAGGACACACAUCUGUUUAAUCACUAUCAAAGUAACUUUUUAGCUAGUGUAUAAUUAGCAAUGAAUUAUCAUUGAAGAUAUUAUCUGCGUUUAUUGAUUGUUGUUGGAGUUAAUUCUUUGCCACAAGUAUUUAACCAAAACCCGGCUUUUUAAAACACAUUCAUGUUGUUCAGCUCCCAGGUCAACACUCAGCAUGUGAACUACAGAGCAUGUGCAAUGCUUAGGUCAGUUUGGGUCCAAUUAAAGGUUAUAAAUGCAGGAGGAAAUCAACCUUAAACCACAUGAUAUCCUUAUAGGAGUUUUAAAAAGGGUCUACAGACUAAAUUCAAGUUUUAAGAGUUUUAGGAAAGUUAUAAAAAGUAUCCAACAUGAAUAAGAGAAAGAAGUCAAAGUGAAGCAAAAUGGGAUUACUCCAGUGAAGCAGCCGUGCCCUGGUGCUCUGCUGAUAAUAAAGCAGACUGGAAGUGAGGGGUGUUUACUGUCAGAGAGGGCUCGUUCAUACUGGGAGGACACAGCACGGGGGCUUUGUAGUGGAGCAUUGGCUGUUUAAUCUCUGCUUUAUUAACGGCUGUCGACCCGCCAGUCUUCGACCUGCUCCCUCCUGGGCCCCCCUACACAAGUGUGGUCCUAACAAGGCUCAGACCAGGGGAUUUAUGACUUUGUUAAUCUUGUUUUCUCAUGGAACAAUAAUCCCAUCAAACUCAGAUAGGAUGGAUAUUACAGCCUCCUUUUGGUUCAGGAAGAUUUAGUGACUCAGCUCACCGCCCUCUGGUUUUAAUAAAGAGUUUACCAUUAAACCAUUUGACUUUUUCUGGCACGAACCAUCUCUAUCGAUAAAAAGACUCAUAUCUAUGCAAUGCAAACAAAACCAUAUGUGAUUAAUCUCAACAACGCAGACAGUGAGCCAUGAUGCUGCUGGUAUGCUGGGGCGGCUCAGGCUACUGUAUGAUGUGUAAGAGGAAGCCAAUCAGUGGCAGCUCUGUCAGCACAUCAGAGGGAAGUAUGUGUCUCCCUGUUAGCAUGAACAGCUGUGUGUGGGUGUGUGUGUCUGUGUUUCGGGUGUGUGUGUUUAGCCUGAGAUUUACUCCCUUACAUCUGUGUUCAGCUCUCUGGCAGCUGAAGCCAUAUGCUGCCAGAGAACAAUGCUUGCUGCACGUACCUGAAAUAUGCCAGUGACGGAAAAAUACUGCAGCCCGAGCGAAGCGUAAAGGUGACAACCACACUGAUAAUCAGCAACAUGUCAACUGUGGGACGUUUUCAACUGAUUUGGAGGUUUUAAUGGUUAAAAGGUCUAAAAACUUUUGGAUUUGUUUCAGGAGAUUGCUUAAGUGCAGCUGCGGUGGCUGCUGAAUAAUCUCUCAGGGUCAUUGCACCCGGUCUAAAGAGCUACUGUUUGUGCAGCUAGAGCACUCACAUUCUUACCAAAAUGCACUACUUCAAAUGAAUAAUCAAUACAAACAAAGAAGGCUGUCAAAUAAUUAUUUUUUAAUCCUAAAUAAUCCAUAGUUUAUUAUCCAUAGUUGAUUUGAUUAAUCACAAACAAAUCUCACAUCUUAAAAAUGUUGAAAAUUUACCUUAAAGUAAAAUUUAUCAAGUAUCAAAUAGAGUUUCUUCAUGCAAGUGUAUUAUUAUAAUUAUCAACAGCAAUAGAAGUAGAAAAGUAGUAUAAUGGUAUGAAACCAGUAUUGCAACAAUCCAAAACAACAACAACACACCCUGUCAGGAAAAAUUCUCCAGGAUAACCUCAGAGGUAAUGGAUCCUCCAGAUGGACAUGUUGACCUGAUUGUGACAUGACACGGUGUAUGAACACAUAAACAUUAUAUCCUAUAGUUUACAGGCUGUUAAAGAAAUCUUUUACAAGACUUUGACUACCUAACUAUGUGUGCUUCCCCUUCCAGUAUCAGAUGGGUGAUAGACAGGUACACUGUUAGUGUGCAGCCUGCUGCCUGUGAGUGGAGAGACAAGGUCAACAGUAUUUAGCUAAUAACUUAACAAAUGCAGACAAAAUGAAAUAGUUUUUGACUGGUGCUUUUUUAUGAAUGAAGGAAACCAACCCAUCCUGCAGUAGUGACAGCUUAGCCAGCAGAGGUUUGACUGAAAAUAAGUCUCAGCAAGGAGGGGAAGAGGAAGACGACCCGAGCUGUAGGCUUUAUAUGGCACAUGCUGCCUCUAGAAUCACUAAACAUAUUAACUUUUUUUUUUAAAUAUGCCCAUCAAAUAACAAUUAUAUUCAGAUAUAAAAAAACAACCCUCUCUAUCUCAUUAUACACAUCUUUACAAAUUUAGCUAAGGGCGUUGGCUUUGAAGGAGAAUUCAUUUGUUGAUUUCAGUUCUUAUCUUCAACAAGUUCAAGAUUUAUUUUCAAUCAUUUAUGAAUCUUCCUGAAAGUACCGACCCCAGUCAGUACUUUUUUUUUCUUCCUCAUCUCAUGAAAAUUGAUGAACACUACAAAUGAAGGUCUUUUAAAUGCUCAUCUGUAGUUAACAGACAUGAUGCAAUGCAAACUGUUUGAUGUGGACGUGCUGUCACAACCCAGCAACCGCGUUAUUUUGCCUCUUCUUCUUGACAUUUUGACUUUUUCUUUUAUGCUUGAAACUUGGUCUGCUGCCUCUGAGUGGCCAAAUGUCAACGAACAAAGUAAAGACUUGUUCUGGCUCCACAUCUUCAUUUUUUUAGAGGGUGGUUUUUGCUGUUUGAUCUCACUAAGAAAAGACUUGUCAUGUUUCAUGAAUACGAAAGCUUUGGUCCUCUCUGAUAAAUCAGCUUCAGAAGCACACAUUUUGUUGUAUAUUUCUUGACUGUGCUCAUUCUGUCCAUCCAGUGAUUGGAAAACCGAAAAGAGAGGAGAGCAAAGCAGACGUUCUUCUUGCCGACUUAGAAACCACUGUUUCCCUCGUUUCUUUCAUGUCGGUCUCUGCCUGCACUUUUUUUACAGACAAACUCUCUACAAGUUUGUCCUUCAGUCUUUAUUUGUGCAUCUCUCCCAUGAGGACAAGCAUUUGGAACAGCUUAAGACAUUUUUGCAUUGGGCCUGAUCUAAUUACAUGUUGUGCAACUUUCAAACAAUAUUGGAAUUCAGCAUAUGCACCGAGGAGCUCUGGAAGCAAUGACUCAGAUGAUCAGGUGCAUGCCCUCUGCACAUGUUUUUGACCCUGGAUAUGUUUGUGCAUGUUGUGUACUGACACUGCAGACAGACUGCAGGCUGAGAGUCUCUGACAGACUGACCUGAAGGUGGAAUAAUGUACUAUGUGGGAGGCUAAAAGCCAGAGAUAAACUGUAAGAAGAGGAGAUGUCCAUCAUCUCUGUACAGGGAGUGGAUGGGUGUGUUGAGAUGAAGAGCAGGGAACAUAUUUAGACAGCUGAUUCAUAGCGCAGGCAUCCACAGCUCUCCAGGCUAACCUCCUCCUGCCUCCUCCUCCUCCUCCUCUUCCCCAUGUGGAACCAGUCACAGCCCUGUUCCUCCCUCCUCACCGUUCCUCCACCCACAUGGAUAAUUCACUCCACAUCUUGUCCUCCUCACCCUGCCCCGCCCUGGGCACAUCCCUACUCCUUCUCUCUACUCUUUCUCCCUUCACUGGAACCUUUUCUAAUGUGUUUAUUUAGAUAGAGUUUGUCUUCAUUCAUUCGUUAUAGUCAAUGAUGGACUAGGGGAAUUUGAAAAACUGGGAAUAAAUUAUGUUGAAUUAGAUAAUAAAGCAGUAAUAUCACAAGACUGGACCCAAAGAGAAUGAGAAUAAAACCCCAUCAUUACAAGAACACAGUUGUGUUAUAUAGUUAUUAUGCUUAUGUGUAUCAUGGUCAUAAAGUCGUACAAUUACAAACUAAAAGGAUUUUUGAAUUCAGAAAAAAUCUAAAGCGUCAGUAGUAUUUAAUCAUCUCUCAGGAAGCUGCUACAGCUGGCUCUUUGUCUUGUCUUCUUUGUCUUUCUUCCAUGUUAUGGCACAUUGCAACCAGCGUUAAGACCACUCUGAACUCAUCGUGUUACCAUUUGCCUAAUUUUAGCACAAUAUGGAUGUUAUUCAUUGUCAUCAAAUAUGGUUAUCAUAUGUGCUCUUGUAGGCUUUUGGGGGGUUAGAGAACAUUCCGACUCAAACCACUGGGAAGAGUUUCAUCAAUGUCGACCAGCUGUUGUCCCACCAUCGCCUCUCCUUCUGUACGGCAGACUUCAGUGUCACGCUGUUCACUGUAAAUCUGUAUUUUUGUCUUUUUUCACUGCAGCUUUCUGUCUUCUUACUCUUUCCUGUGACAUUUGAAGAAAUCAGGAUGUUGGUCAGUCCACAGAUCAUCUCAAACUACCUAUCAGAGCAGAUGUUGCUCUAUCCCGCCUCGUUUAACUCAAACCCAAAACACUGUUCUGAUAUGCCAUCAUCCUUGACUGUGCCCCUGUCUUCAUCCAAAGGGUUUACAAAUGAGGUAUUUUGAAUAUUUCAGAGAUUCAAACCAGAUCUGCAGCUCUGCAGAGUCCAUGUUUCAACCUCGGCCUGAGAGCGCUCAGAGUCUCAGUAAUGUUUAACAUAUAAAUUCAUCAAGAGUGAAGCCAUUCUGGUCACACAGGUCGAAGCCGCUCCAUAUAAGGACAUUUGAGGCAGAAUCUCUGCUCCCAGCUCGGUUUAGAAGCCAGAUCGUGUGUAACAUUGUUUCAGCUGGGAGCAAAGCCUCCAAGUGGAGUGGUUUAAGCUCUGGUACAGUCUGUUCGGGCGGUGUGCACAGCAGAGGAGGUAACAGAGGGCUUAUGCGAGAGAAGAGAGAGAGACGCCUAAAAAUAGCAACUAUCACAUACUUGUUUGAUUGUGAGAAGGAAGGGGCCUUUAGGAGAUCGUCUUCCUGUUUGGCUCAGAGUAGUCAGAAGUGACAUUCAGGCUGCAACAUUGACUUAUUUUUAAGUGCAAAAAAAGUCAGACUUAUGUCCCAGGUUUGAGAUAACGAUGGGCUUUUUUCUCUGUUCACGACAUGGCUUUGUCAGACCCUGUUGAGAGAUGGCCGUGAACCAAUUUCUCCCCUCAAGUUGACUUGGGGACAGAGAACCAGUUCUAAAUUUCUGAGAAAUGUGGAAGGCACGUGGAUUUCGGUCUCGAACAGCAACAUAAAUCUUCCAAGAUCAAACCUUAGUGAGAAUCUUACAGUCCACAGAAGUUUCACUGUAACCUGCCAUAGUGAUGGACUGGUUACCAGCCUUGGCUCUGAACAUCGAUUACUGGUCUAAUGAGCCACUUAGUAGAGACUAGACCAUGAUAUGAAGCAGAUGCUACCAACCAAAGCCAUCUAUAUAUAUUCACACUAAAUUUUAGCUUAAAGGCAACUCCACAGAGUCCACAGUUAGGAGCACUGCCAUGGCUAUAGAUUCUUAUGAAGGUCAAUGGCACAAAUUUAAGGAAGGUAAUGAUUAGAUAUGUCCUAAAACAUGAUACAGUUUCAUAAAGACAGAAAUAUUUCACAAAAUAAAUUUUGGAUCAAGGCAUUACUUACAAAAUAAAGUCAUCAUCGAUUUAUGACUUAUGACAAAUAUGACAAUGAAUUACCUUUAGGGAUUAAUAAAGUUCUUGUAUUGUAUUGUAUUAUAUCGGUUGGUGGUCAUGUUAGACUGUGUCCCCAUUCAUCUCCACUAAGAGAGUUGGCCCCAAAAACUAGUUUCAGCGGACCCCUAAUCUGCCAGGAGCUGCUGUAGCUGCAGAAUUACAUCACUUCUUUCCUAAAAGUUAGUGUUGGAAACACAUUUGUCCUCUAACUUGAAGCCAGCCCAGUUUGGAUGUGGUGCAAGAAGGUUAUGUCAUUCUUAAUUUUUGAGCUUGUUUACCACUCAGGCUGCAGGUUUCCUCUGCACAGACUGAACUCUGGCAAACGCGUCAAAGUUUCUGCUCUUUCAAACCUUUGCAUGCUCAAAAAACCAGGACACUUCUCCUGCUGCUGCUGUUGCUCACUUGACAUCAAUAGAGACAUGAUAUUUCAGAUGCUUUGUCCUACCCAAACUCUGUUCUUUUGGUAGAAUGAAGCUUUUCCACAUGAGUCAGAUGAUGAUGACUCAGAGUCAAAAGCUUUAGUUAUUAAAAAAUUAGUUUGGAUCCUCAUAUGAUCCCCUCAGUCACAAGAUGCCAGUUAAGAUCCUCUCAUAGUCAUAGUUACAUUUUUAUUUGUCCUGAACAGAGGAAGCUUUCUUGUCAGCCGCCCUUUGUGAUGACACGUCUGUUAUUAGACCAGAAACAAACUUUAUCACCCAGUUUUUGGGUCAUCACUCAGAACAGGAUCUUUUCACUCCCUGUGUUCAGUAACAAUUGCCAGCUUUCAUAAUUAUUUUCAUUGAUGAUUUGGUAAUCUAAUUUGAUAAAUGAAUUCAUGUCUGUCUUAUAGCUUCAAAGACAGUUCUGCACAUCAGGACGGGUUCAUCUUAUUGAAUUAACAUGAGAGUCUGUGAAAUGUUGGUUGCUCAGUGAAACACACUACAGUCCCUUAUUUGGAGAAAUAAAAAUCACAUGUAGCUGCUGCUGCUGUUGUUGUGCAAUGCACUCUGGGUAGAGAGGUCAAACGGCUAGUUAGCUGUCCUUCAAAAAUCUUCUUGUUUGUCUUCUCUUACUCCUCACUUGUGCAGAAAAUAAUAAGGCUCAGGAUGACACAAGGAGAGUGUGGGAGGAAUCAACCAUGCAGCCAUUUAGCAUCAUUACCCAGAGUGCAUUGGACAGUUUUUGCAGCCUACAUGUAAAUCUAUAUUCUAAAAUUUCAUGUAAAUGAAGUGUGUUUCAUGCACAACAUUCAUGCAGAGGACAUCAAAAUCAAUUUAGUGUGAGUCGCUUCCUUGAGCUACUUUGGACUACCAAAAAUAAAUUCUGGAGACUUCCUUUUUCAAACUGAGAGACAAUUUUCAACAACAGAAAGUUCUCAAGAGAGAGUUUCUAAGGUUGACUUCACUCCAGUUGUCCCAGUUGUUUGGUGUGAAGCUCAGACAGGGCUGCCAUAUGUCGGUCUCCUUCCUCUAUUGAUGGCAUGCGGUCAGGAUGACUCAUACAAAUAACUCUAAAAAAUGUGAACACUGAGGACAACAGUGCAAACAAGAAGCAACAAACCUUGUGGAUAAAAAGCAUGGGGGGGGGGGGGGGGAACUCAACAAGGAGACACACACACAAACACACACACACACACACACACACACACAGGGCCUGGACAACUCAGAAGUUUGAGUCUUGCAAGCACCAAGAUAAAGGCAUGCAUGUAUACGCAUUAUAAAUGCAAGAAACUCACAUAAAACACACAAUCAUUAUGCACCAUGUCAUUGUUUUAACAGGGCGUGUGGAACUGAGAGGAAAGCAUCCAUAAGAGAGCGAACGAUGUUAAUGGCUGAAGCUUGUUAGAGCAGGUUCUCGAUUCCCAUCCCUAAUUAAGAUAAGAAGAACUUUAUUGAUCCCUAAAGGGAAAUUUAAUUAUUUUGAGCUAAUUGUAAGCUAAAGACGAUGAAGAACGUUAUUGAUCCCCGAAGGUAAAUUCAAGAUAGUUGUAAGAUGGUUCAUUGUCAGGGUGUAACGGCUAACUCGCUACAUAAAGAAAUGUAGAUUUAAACAGGGGGAUAGCGUUGAAGCUAUCCUUUACACGAGCACUGAUAUUCAUCUGUGAAAAUACUCCAAUCACAGAAAAGUGCUGCAUCCAAGAGCAACUCGAUUAUUUCAGAUUACUUAAGCAUUAAGUGUAAAAGCAUUUCUGAAAAAAUAACCUCAUUUAAGCACUGCUUAGUCUGCCUGAAAUGCUUAAUUUUGGCUUCUUUCCCAUAAGUAUAACAUUAGACACAGCUUGUGGGUGUUACUUUUUACACAGCUUUGAUGAAGCUGUUAGUGCUCACUCAGUUCCCCUGUUACGUUAGCUGCUUUUCUAAUGUCAUUUAAAGCUUGUGGUUCUGAGCCUUCAUUGAAGGUCUUUGGAUGGAUCUGAUUUAGGUUUUUAGUAACAUCUAAGAUGUAAAUCCAGUCCUGUACUGGUCUCUGUUACGAAGAGAGUCACAAACAGUUUGGAUGAAGGGCAAAGGAAAAGCUGUGUGAUGAAGAGGGAAAUUGUCUCUUUUGUGCCCCCGCUCAGUUUGUUCCAUCUUUGUCUUCAGGCUGACCACUCCAUGUUGGACCCCCUGGUUCUGUCAUAAUGACACACUGAAGAACCACUAACAUCUGUAACUGCACACUUACCUCAUAAUGUACUCACUUCUUAAUGAUGCGAAUGGAAAACAUUAUAGUGUGCAUGAUUUCUGUAAUGCUGCAGUUUUAGUGGACCAUCUCUGUACUUUGGACCACAAUGGCCUCCUUCAUUGUUCUCUCAUUAUCCCUCAGUGUUUUAAAAUUGGAAACACUCAUUUUCAGUCUGUGUUCUUGCCUCCCUCGCUCGAAACAGCUCUUUUAAAUCUUUUACUUGUUCCAUUGGUGAGUCCAAAACACCCAAUUUGUUGAAUUUCAGGAGGUGUUGCAUUUUUCCUCAAUGAGCCACACAAUGCUGAGUGGCAGCCCAGUCAGACUUUUGGCUCUGGAGUCUGUUAGAUGAGUACUUUUAGCUCCUGUAUUUGCAGUUCUUAUAUGGUGACUUAUGGGAGCUUUGGUUGACAUUUGUUUGGUUUCUCUCUAAAGCAUGUCUGGCUAUUUGUCUUAUCAGGGGCUCCAGUUAUACUGACAUCCACUGCAUUUAACAAGCUAAUAGUAGCUUCUUUGUAUCUCAUUGGGGGAUAUUAUCCGUCAUUGGUACUUUAAAUGACAGAAAAACUUCAAUAUUUAAAACUUCUCUAAGCAAGUAAUUCUUUAGCAUCCAUUUUGCACAAACACAGCUUGCAGUCAAGCUUGCAUCUAGUGAGAUUUCACAAUAAAACUCAAUUUGGAUGUUUGCCCUUAUGACAAUGCAUGAACAACAAAUAAAUGCCAGAACCGAACAAGAACCGAGCAAGAACAAAUGAUAGCAAUAGUAGUAAAAUGCAUUCAUAAAAUAAGUUGCAUUGUGUUGCUCUAAACUGCAGUGAUUUACACUAUGUAAAGUUAGGUUAUGUAAUGUUACGUGACAGCAGGCUCCAUAAUUUUGCAUAUCUGAAAAUCAACACAUUGUGUCAUCACUCUGCAUCCUGCAAAAACAGUUUUUUACAAUGUCUCCUCCUCACUUUUAGAAAUCAGUUUAUGGAUCAGUCAGACUUGGUUAGUGUAGCACCCUCCAUACAAAAAGUUGCACAAAGUGCUCUACGUAAACAGAAAAUAGAUUAAAAUAAUCAGAAUCCUUAUCUGUGUUUACAGUUAAUACAAGAAAUCAACAAAAUAAAUAAGAUUUUGAAGAGCAAAGGAUGGAGAGAGAUAAAACACGAGUUCAUAAUAAGGAAAAAAUGAAGAAAGAUUCAUAUGUUAAACUAAAAAAGUAUACUAUUGUUAAUUUUGGAUGAACAAAGUGACACAAUGAAGUGCAGCUUUCUAAUGUUACCAAGUGUGUAGCCCUCUGUUGGAGGUCAAUCAAAGGGUGAGAUGAUUGUCAUUUCCUCUCAUUGUUUUUUUGUGGUUGUGAUGUUUGCUGCCAGUCAAUUUUCCAGAAAAAACCUGCACUUUGCUCCAUUGUAGUGCAGAGUGUGUGCUUGGCUUUAAGGGUCAGCCCCCUCAGAUUGUAAGUCACUGCCCUAUAAUAGUUGAGUGAACCGAGCUUCAUCUGAGCUGGUGCUAUUAUAAACAGAAAAGUAAGACUGGACUGUAUCUCUGUGAUGGUGCUCUCACCUUCCUGUGGUUUGAAGUGGAGGGAGUGGACAGGAGCAAACAGCAAAGGAACAAGCCACUUCUUCUGCAGCUCCAUAAAUCUCUCCACAAACACCAACCUCCUCCAUUGUUAUUGGAAAGAGUAACAGAGGGUAGCCAUGGUAACCAGUACUGUCAUCCCUGGCUGUCCAAAAGUAUGUGUUAGCCGAGCGUGGGGAACUGUACACAGACCCAGCAGAGAGGGAGCAGGCAGAAAGUAAAACCGGUGUGAAAGUAAAAAGCAGAUUUGUGUAUGUGGUGUUUCUGUGUUAUUGUCUGGUCUCGGCUCUGGGUGGUUCAUGGUGCUUAUUCUGGUGUUAUUACACACAGGAGGGAUUAAUAAUGAUGGGUUUUAGAGUUUACCCACUACAAAGAGAGUGCAUGUGCAUGUGUGUGUGUGUGUGAAUUUCAGCUGCUCCUACAUGAAAGUACAUGAUUAGAAUACCCGCAAACCAAAGUAUGUCGUAAAGAAGAAACUGCAGUGAUAGUCAACAAUGGCAUGCUGUGUCUUGCAGUGGGAGCUGAAAGGAGUGAGCGCAGAGCUGCCUCACACACAUGUGUCUGCAGCCCUGGAAACUCCUCCAGAAAUCUUUAUUCCUGCCACAUUCAUGUGUCCAUCCUCACAAAGCUCCAAUGUUUCGCUGAAAAGCAGUUUGUGCAAACCUGAGGCUCCGCAUCCUGGAUUCACAAAGAAACAUGUUGUGCUGCCUUCAAGCGCUGUAGGAAAUAUUGUCGUCACAGAAUAACACAAUGUGGAGACAUGUUGCCAGGAGGGGAGAGGAUGGACAUGACGAAACACGUUUAAAGGAACAGUGAGCUUCCUGAUUGUUUCUGUAUCACGUUUGGAUUUCAAACAUACAACUGGAUGUCGUUAGAUUAGCAUAAAGGCGUGGAAAAGAUCCUAAGGCUUUUUCAUGUUGCAGGUUUGCUUUGUUGAGCUCUGAGCUGCCCUCUGGGCCUUCUUCAUGCAGACAUCAGUUUUUCCAUCUGCUGGAUUUUAGUUGUGACAGUCUUACCAAACCUGCAAACCCCCAAAAUGAUGACAUAUCCUCAGGAAGCAGCAGGCAGUCAGUGCACCUGGAUGGACCUGCACCUGGACCAGAAAUAGAUCCAGCAUUACUCAGACAGACCAAACAAUAAACUUUUGGAGGGUGAUGUUGGUGGGUGUAAUUUUCAGCUUCGCAAAGAGCCAGACUAGCUUUGCUUCAAGUUUUUAUGCUGAACCCUGCCACUACCCUAUUUAUGCUAAUCUAUCAAAGUCUGAGUCUGAACAUCUUCAAAAGGAUCAUAGCUGUCAAGUAUCCCGUUUUGGGAAACUAAAGUAUUUUACCUCUGUUUCCCACCAUCUUCCCAUAUUGGUAUUGUACCAUAAAUCUUCCGUAUUAUAAAAUAUGUAUAAAAACUCCAAACUGAACUCUGUCACUAGCGCGUUAACUAGUGGUAGCGAGUUGUCAGAAAACCAAAACUUUAAAGGUAUGAAAAGGAUUAGUUAUACUAACGUGUGCAUAAAAGGGAUAAUGAACAACAGACAGCUGACUGGUUGCAGAAGGGUCUUUUCCUGUCUGGCUACCAACUACAACAAUCUACAGACUGAUUUAAGCUGCAAAACUUAGUCCGACUCUAUGUAAAUCCCCAUUUAAAAGUCUGGAAGCCUGGUUCUCUGCAUGCACCUGUUUUUGCUGACGUCUUCGGUUGUACUCUUUGACUCUGGUUGUUUAUUUGCGGAAACUUGGUGUCGCUGCUCAUUCUUGGCAAGUCCAAUUACAACAGCCGCCAUAGUAGAUUCAGUGUACCCUCCAUCUUGGUUAAAUAAAUAAAGGAUUGUGAUUGGUCCGGUGUAUUUGACGCUGAGGGUAAAUGUUUAUAAUGACGACAGAAAUGAAUGUGUGCUGACUGUGAAAAGUCUGGCAACACCAGGCUAAGCCAAAUUAACACUGAAUUUAACAUUAAUACUCACAUUCAUGUCUAAACACUGGGCUGCUUUACUGUUAUAAAUCACAAUGAAUUUAAAAUUUUUAACGUAAGUGUUUAUCAGUCUGCAUUGUUAACAGAUGUAGAAAAGUUACUUCUUGGCCUAAUAACUCUCCUGGACACAACUUAAAAAUAAAAGCCUUGUGUUUAAAAAAAGGGGGCUUUUGUUUGAAAAAGAUUUCCAGAAGUACAACCACGGUGAAUUAUUAAUGCUUGCCACAUAAAAAUAGCCGUUACAGAGCAAACAGAGCCUUUAGUUGAUCAUUUCAUGUGUGUUUCUAGCAGAGAUUCAUGGGGCCUGUUGAAAAAUAUAGGUGAGAUGUAUCGGAUGUCACUAAAGAGUGUCUGAACAGUCUGAUUUAUCCACAUGCACACUAGAAAUCAAGCCAGUCUUGUCUACUGUGGAAAUACACCUUAAACAAAAAGUUAAUAAUCUCACUUUAAUGUAAAAGCUUUCUUUAGGAGGGGUUUUAAAUUCAGCUCUCUGAGUAAACUGAGUACCCUGUUUUUAGUGCCCUGGGUCAAAGACUCUGAAAACCUCAAUGAAAUUGAGUGAGAUCUGGCACAUUACUGGCCCAGAAAUAUUUGUUUGGUUUCCAUGGAGCUGUGACGCUGAUCUGUCUCAUUCCUGGGGGAUCUGAGGAUUGAAGUUUACCUCCUAAAAAUGACUGUGAGGAAACCACAGACAGUAGAGAGACACAAAGAAUGAGGAAGAAUGAAGAGAGAAUGGAAAGAGAGAUCAUAAGAGAGAAAGCAAAGAAGAAAAAGGUUUCUGUGCUCAGUGUAACAGCAGGCCUGGUGACUCAUCGCUCUCUUCCCCCCUCAGGGACGUGCAGCAUGCCAUCACUUUAUAUAGAAAUCUCUCCCUCUCUCUGAUUAAAGGGGACGAGUGGAAAACUGGAGGAGAGCAGGGAGUUCUCUCCCCAGAGUUUUAUGCUGUGUGUGACCAUCACACUCUUUCCCAUGGCGCUCACAUGAGAAAUGUACUUAAAAACACACACACACACACACACACACACACACACACACACACACACACACACACACACACACACACACACACAUGUACAGUCUCACGGCUGGUUGGAGUAAUGUGUGCCUAAACAUCAAUCAGCUAAAAGAGCCGGUCUGGCAGAACGGGCAUCAAGGUCAGGGUGAUGUAUGGGAGGGCAGAUACAGGAACUGCCCACUGGGGAGCUCCACAGGCUACAUACCUUCACCACCAAUAGGAACAUGAUGGACAUAAAAGGGCUGGCAUUAUAGUAGUCAUAGCAACGCUGCAUACAACAACAUAAACAGCAAGAAUGAAGAGCCAUGUGUUUGUUAAGUAGAGGGUUUCUUGGUAAUAAAAGAGUUGUUGGCUUAUGCAAAUGAAGGCCAUCUUAGGUUUAUUUGGAAAUGAGACACCGUCAGCAUUGUAGAGUGAAAUUACAGAGCAUUAAAAUCCCGCAUCUAACACUGGCAGCCUUCAUCUUUAAAUAACUUUGUGUCAGCAAAGCUAAAUGUUAAAUCAUUUAGACCUGCAGUUCCUUAAGUGUCCACUAGAGGCUGGUUGCAAAAAACACCUGAAACUACAUACGUACUCAUUCUAAACAGCCCAUUUUAACAUCAAAAAUUAACAUGUUAACUGCGAAGUUCAGAAAACUAUCCGGUUCUGGUUAGAAAAUUAUUUUAUCCGUACACACUUCACAGGGGGUUAAAUUGUUAUAAAUCAUUUGUGUUAAAGAUAUUUAGAGGCAUGCGUUUCCAAUAAAGCGACCACCACCACCACCAACAAUAACUGUCACCUACUUUCAGAACAACUAUAUAAUGUCACUGAGAUCAGUGCAUGUUUAAUUCAGACAAUAAAUAAGACACAGAAAGCCAAAGAAAGUUAAAAUGGAAAUGCAAUCAGACUGAGACACCAAGGCAGAAGAACUACCGCGUCUGCAGUGCAAAAUGAUUAAUAUGGUGAUUAUUACUUCAAGAAAAUGAUAAAGUAAUGAUCAUAAAUGAGAUGUUUGGUGGCUAGUGCUAUGGCCGGGACCCUAUAUGUACUGUUAAUGAAGUUCAGUGCUGUUCUGAGCAUUAUUUGUGGCUAUAGAGUGGCUUUUUGGUUGAGCGCGUGGCUCUGUGUAUUGCUAUCUGCGGUCGUUACUAAAGUUGGUAUAACUAGAGACGCAAGCGGUCGGUGACAUUCAUCUUUCAACGGGGUGUCUAACUCGGUGUUACGAUGUGUUUGACCCUAACUUAAUUUUAAUAUCCCUUUAAUGAGCAUAUUACCAGUGCGCGCCAGUCAUUGCCUGAGGAGAGUGUCCAGUUUAGCAUACCUCUUGCUGGUUUCCUGUCAGAUCUGCUUUGGUUUUCUAGUCUUGUUUGAGUUUCUUCACUUUCUCACAGCACUGCUUCCUUGUGUGGUGGAUAUUCAGUGUAACCAGCUGGCAGGAAAUAUUUUCAAUGAUUGUUGACAACAUGUUUUGCUGUGUCAAAAUCACAAAGUAUCUUUAAUACUCAGUAGAGCCUGGUCUUCAUUGAUGGUCCAUUAAAGAAGAACUUAGUUGAUCCCUGAAGGGAAAUUCAACAUUUGUUUAUAUCAGUUUUAUUCCUCAGUGUUUCUCUUCAGGUUGGACCCCUAUGGCGUGGCUUUUGAUGAUCUGCAGCUUAGAUAACUCUUAAACAUACAUAAGAAUUGUUUAAUCAAUGGAUUGGUGAAAUACUCAUACCAAUAUUUUCUGUAUUUAUAAUCAAUAAUUCAUCGUGAUUAAUGUAUGCCAAGUAUUUACCAUACUAUUGGAGAUAAAGCGGCCUUAAAGCCUUGGUAUUUAUAAAGUCAACACAUGUUAAUUUCCCCUCUACCAACACUAGUGUAAGAGGUUGCAUCUAAAUGUUUAUCAUAAUCGUGUCUCCACGGCAACUUGAUAAAUGGACAGACAUAAUUUUCUCUGAAUGAAAGCUGAAGAGCUGCUGCUUAAUGGAGCUUGUGGUGAGAUUAUUUUCCCUCCAAAGUGAGCGGGUUUGUGUCAUUCCUCCGCUCCAGAAAAAGCAGCUCAGUGUCCUCGUUUGCCUCUCGGAGCGUCUCAGUUCCUCUUUACAUCAGCAGCCGUAGCGUGAGGAUUCCCCGUUUUCCUGGAUUUACUGGAAAAUCCCCUCUGUAUGUGUGUGUGUGUGUGAGUGUGUGAGUGUGUUUAGUGUGUGUAUGAAUCUGUCUUUUCCACAGCAGUAGGGGAGUUCUUGGUGGUUUGAGUUUAAACAGGAAAAGAGAAACAGAGAGGGGUGUGUUACAGCAGGAUUACUCUCUCUCUCCUUCUCUACGUCAGGCUAGUGAGUGGUUGCAGUGUGGGCUCCGAGUGGAAAGCUUUCAUGGUGUACUUCUCGUCCACAAACCGACCCACACACACACACAUAGACAAACACACACACACACAACCAAACAGACACAGUCUUAAGAAAUGUCCGUUUGCACAUGUGCAUUGAAGGACUUUGUUACCCUGGAGCACAUGUUCAUAUGAUCAUACACACAUUGCACACAUUCAUACAAAGUCACACACACACACACACACACACACACACGGUAGAGCUUUUCUGUGACUCGUCUGUUUUCUUUUUCCUUUCAUCUGCACAACAUUAUAGUUCCCGUCAGGCUCACCACUGUUACUAUGGAGACGAAACUACAACUAAAUGUUUUUCACCACCAGAGGAGGCCGUUAAAUUUGUUUGUCCUGGCAGGAUUUUUACAAGAACACUUUAUUCAAAGCACUCACAGAGACUGUACACUAAUACCAAAGACAUGAUGUGUUUAAGAAGAGAUUCAGAUAAUUCAGAUAAACAUUAUAGUGAAGAGUUUUCAAUCACAGACACACACACACACACACUUGGCUCAGUCAUGGGUGAGGUAACCCCUCUGGCAUUAAUGGUUCUACUGUGAGGAUUGACAGUAACAGGAGAUCAGUCUGUUACUAAGGAAACCAAAAAUUACAAACCAAUAAGUGACUUCAUUAACAGUGAAAAUAUAAUAACAUUGUUUAAUAACCUAAUGUAUGAAUAUCAUUAAUAACAUACAACAAACACUACUGUUUCAACAACUACAAAUAGUAUACAUUAGGUGACAAAGAAAUAAUAACACUGGAAAAAUAAAUUAAAAAAAUGAUUCAUUUAAUAUGUUAAGAAACAUUAAUAAUUUGAAUGCAUAAAAAAAUGCAGUUCCUUAAGUGUCCACUUGAGGGUGGUUGCAAAAGUACCUUAAACUGUACACACACAGUAAUUGGUGCAAGUUUUUUGUGUGUGUGUUAAUGACAGUAAUAAAGUUUUUAAUCAUGAUAAGACUUAUAAUCAAUGUCAAAUACAACAGAAGUAAUAACAAUUCUUAUCCAUAAUCAUCAUUAUUGUUGAGCUGGGGAGCAUUCCAAUUUUGAAUGGAUUUUUCUUAAAAUUUUGUUCAAACAAAACAAACCUUUGACAUCAAACAGUGCAUUUUUAAUUGGACUUUUUAAUUGUUUUUUGUCUUGGUGAAUAAUUUUAGACGGAUGAACUCUGAUCUGUUCUUUCUGAGAGAUUCUGUAUUCAGACAAAGGCUCGAUAAGUCUGUCGAUGGUUAUAAAAUGUUAAAGAAUUAAAGGUAGGGUUGGUAAUAACGGCAAACUAGCAUGAAUUUGAAUGUAGCAUUUUCUCAGGACUUCGUCUAGCCUCCAUCUUUAUUUUCCUGCUCUUUUUUGCAGGUGCACCAUUAAUCUGGGUAUAGGUAGACAUGUAUGAGCAGGAGGCGAGCAUGGGAUUUGAUUGGUUUAAAAAUGUAGAACCCACAUUAUGUGAUUGGUUGGUGUUUUCCCAGUUUUACUCCUGCUGUAUAUAGUGGCUAUGUUUUGCUCUUUUUUAAGAACACAUCAUGUAUUGAUUGCCAUCGAAACAUGAAGAUAAUUUUAACCAGAAUAACAAGAAGUGUAUCUAAAUCAGAUUAUCAGCCCUCUCUUUAAUAACAUGGGCCUGUCUCAAAUCACUAAAAGCUCAGUAAACAAGGAAAAUAACUUCAUAAUCCUCCCAAAAGACAAAUCUGAGCCUGAUGAGGAAAGCUAGAAGUGACAUGUUCCCUAUUUCUUUUUAGCUAAAAGCCUUCCAGCAGAGUAUGAAUCAUCAGAGUUUCUCAAAGGAGUGUUUUAUCAGUGAAAGAGGAUCACUGUAGUAACAUUUACCAAUUUAUUUUUUCAGGGGCGGGGAUUCUGGUUUGUAUAGAAACAGCCAAACAUUUGCAAGACUGAGUUCGACAUUCCUUUUUACUUUGUUUACUUUGAUGCCAGGCAACUAUUGCUCUCCAUUCAUCUCAGCUUGGGCAUGAAUAAUCAGAAAAGCGCUUGAGUUUUGAAAUCUGUCAGUAAACAUCCAGUUUGUAUUUUGCAAUUUUGGCAGUGUAGGGAUAUUUGUCAACAGAGAUGGUGCAAAAGUGCAGAUGAAUUAGAAAAGUCUGCAAAGAAUUAUGUCUUUAAAAAUGAUGACACAGUGACUGAUAUGAGUGAAGACACACAGAUCACACAUCUGAGGCAAGUUUUGCACAAGACAUUAAAGAUACUUAAAAUGCAAAGAAGGAAAAUGCCCUUUUCCACAAAUAUGAAAUUUCCCUUUAUAGUAUGAAAACAUUUGUCUUAUAUCACUUAAAUAUUCUUAUUAUAAAAAGGACUUCAAUUUCUUACGACCUCAUUCUGGUUGUAUAACAACUGUGCUCUGAAAAUCUCGAAAAAUCUGGACAAAAAUAGCCAAUAUUGCCUCAAUACGGGGCAGUAAUCUGAUCAUGUUUUUUUGGGCAGUUUGAACCCACAGGUAAAAUAAAGAAACAUUUGAAACCAUGAUUAUGUGUCAAUUAAGUCACGAAACGCAGCCUGGAACUUAUGUGCACACAUACCAUACCACAUACAUAAUCUUUUCAUCUAAUCCUAUAUAAUACACCAUGAAUGUGUAUAAAAACAAAGUUUAAACAAGUUCUCCAGCUGCUCAAACUAAACCAAUAACCAGGACCAAAGACUGUUGAACCAUGGGCUGAUGAGCUGAGCUGUAAUGAGCUGUAAUGCUGUGUCCACACUAGAUGCUGUCUUACACAUCUCCUGAAUAUGAAAUAAGUCUCUUUAUUUUUUUGUAAGAGGAUCUUUUAGAGUCUGAAGCUGUAAAACCAGUUAAAGUGUGACACAUCGUGAAAGGUUCAGGCUUCAUGAGUCUGAGGUCACCGUAACAGAGAGACUCAGAUAUGCUGACAACACAGAGCAGCAACUCGCUGAGUUCAGCAACACACACUCACGCACACACACUUAUAGGCUUCAGUCUGAGCAAAAGGCUGUGCACAAUUUAUGAAACACAUCCCAUAGGACUGUCACAGUAUCAUGUUUUCACCUUUAGAUUAUUGUAGCUGUGACAUAUGAACAUUUACAAUACUGUUGAAAUAUUUAUGGAAAACUUGAAAUCAAAACGUCACAACCAGUCAAAGUGAGAACAGAUGGAUAUUACUUAUAAAAACAUCAUCCUUUUCUAAUUAGGUUCAAAUUUUUCAUUUAUCCUGCAGUCCUGUGACAGAAAUUUCUUUAGAGAAGACUUUGUUUAUUAUGCUUUUAUUUUGAUAUUUUUUCAGUUUUGCUUUAGGUAACCUUAUUUCUUGCACUGUAGAACUAUGCUUUUAAUUUGAAGUACAGCACUUCUGGCAGACCAUAAGAAAACCGUUAAAAGAAAUGAUAGACAGUAUGAACUUGGAGAGGCAACAGCUCUUAACGUUGUUUAUGGAUUCAUGACAGUUUUUCAAAACGUCUAAUCACCUCUCAGAGAGAAUCUAAAGCUAGUGAGCUAGCAACGGCUGCUUUCUCUUCGCCUCUCCUCUGUUUUAUGAUGCACAAAAGACCACUGAAUUUGAAUACAGACAUCUUCCAUACUUUCAUAGAUAUGCAGCAGUAUGAAUUUCAGUCAAUUUUAUAAAGGUCGAAAACCUCCUCACAGGAGCGUUAUCUAAGAUGAAGUCAGGUUUGAUCAUGUGAGACUUUGAGAUUUUUAGGUUGAGGGCAAAACUGCUAAACAGGGUUACCGGAUGUCAUCAUGUUUUACAAAUGGGUCAGAUUUCUCUAAUCUUUCAUUUCGUGUCAGGAAUAAGUCUCCCACUGAGCAUUUUUUGGUCUAAAAGAGGUCUAAUAGAUAUCUAAAUGUAGCCUAGACGGCUGGUCUAAAAUCAGGCUACCACAGGUCUAAAAAUGAAAGUUUUUUUUUAGAUGUCUAAAUUUCGACCAAGUUUAGACCAAGUCUAAAUCUGGGCUAUUUCUAUACUACACUGUAUAUUGAUCAACAGCUAUCAUAAUUAUUUUGGUUAAGUACUUGGAGAUCAACUCACAGUUGCUUUUGAAAUAAAUAGUUCGAAUAAUGGGUUAAAGCGCAACGUCUAAAUUAUGUCUAAAAAUAUACAGAAUCUAGACGGUUGAAAUUAGGUCUACAAAAAUUCGAGACGUUUAAUUGCCGUGUAUUGCUCAGUGGGCUUAUUUUAUGUCCUGCCUUGACUAAAUACCAAUCCUUGUCAGUCAUAUGUCAGCCUGACCGCCUGAUCCCAAACAGGGGAGGGUGUGCCAUGACUUUGUAGCAUUUAUUUAUGAGGCUUUUAAAAGUCAUAAAACGCUUUACAAAUCGAUUGCCACCAACUUACCCAUCUUGCCUGUUACGGCCAAUUUACAAGACGCCGAAUGCUAAUGAAGCAAGACACACUGUCUGUCUGUCUCUCUCACACACACACAGAUACACUCAUUGUAGUCCAGUGUGGUAACUUCCCUCCUGACUGUUAUUCUGUGAGUACGAACCAGAUAUGAAAGCUACGUACAUCCUUGUGAGUGUUUUCAGAGAGCUAAAGCAACACAUAUGUUUUCACACACAAACACACACUUACUCAUGGAAGCAUUACAUACCUCUUUGGUCUAUUUUCCAUGGCUCUGAGUGUACCUUCCUGUCUUAGGCGCAGCAGCCUGAGGGAAGAACAAUGUCCCAUUAAAUUAGGAGGGUCAGGAAGUCAACACACUAAGGUGAAUGCCUCAACUUCCCCCUCUGCUCUUUCCAUGUACUGUGGACACACACAAACACGCACGCAGCUCAGAAUUCCCUCCUGUAGCCCGGCUGCAGUCGAAUAUUUCUUGUGCAAACACAUCGGCUUUGACCUCCCACACUCCUGUCUGACAGACCAGGCUUUCCCAGGCAGCCACUACAUGGUGUAUUGAUCAUUUUGGCUCCUCAAAUAUAAAAGGGGGAGACCUCACUGAGCUGUUUUAAGCUCAUUUGGUGGAUUAUACCGAGCGAUAUGCUUAGUACUUUGCCCCAGAUGUCAAAUCACUCUGGGGCCUCACCAAAGGCAUUGACUGGCUGUUGCUGUCUGACUGAUGACUCUGUUUCUCUAACUCCAGAUCCAAAUCUUUUAGAAGUUUUACAGCAGGUAGUGAUUCAUCUUUUCUUUGUUUGUUUGCCCAUAGUUACCAUGUGCUUGUAAUCAAGCAGACACCAGAAAAGAAACACUCAUUCUCUCCCACACAUGCUGUUUUUUCCAGUUGUGAUACAAAGAGAGCAGCAAAUGUUAAGGCUUUCGUCGACUGGUCAUAAGCUCCAUUACCAUCGCAAUAAGUUAUCUGGCAAGGGACACAGACCCAACAGACAUUAAUUUGACUAAUAGCUUCAAGUUUAUAGCUCUAGUUUCCACAAAGAGACUCCAGAUUUGUCUGUCCAAGGCUUCUGAAUUCACAGUUAUAUGGUCUGUGGUCCAAGGUCGCCAUCAUUUACAUCAAGACGUCAUUCCCCAAGUAAUCCAUGGGACUGAGAUGGAUUACUUUCUAUGCAACAACAAGGCAAAUGCUCUGUGGCUCUAGGUCAGGUCACAGGUCGACAGAAGUCUAAGAAACUUGAUAUAAAAAUGUUUGAGAAUUAAUAUCUUGGUAAUAAAACUAAUAAAACAAUGCCAUUUUUUAUCAUGACUGCAUAAUGAGGUGGGAGAUAUAGCAGCUUCCUUAAAGUGAGGCCAAAAUAUCUGGAGCUCCCUCUACUGGCUGACUACAGCAUAAGUCAUUAACCUCGCCUCCUCCAUGUAAACAGAUGGGCCAAAACUAUUAACAUUAAAUACACAUGUGUUUAUUUUUGUAACAUUUGUGUGUGUGUUUGUGCGUGUGUCAUACUCCCAUGUUGUUUGCAUGUCUUUGAAUAAGCUGAAAUGCUUUCACCUGAUGCAGAGGCCUUUUCUCAUCAGCUGAAUGUGAACAAACAUGAGGUCUUUGAGGAUGAGAGUGCGCAGUGCAGCUCUGCAUAGCAGAGUGUGGAACUACUGAUAAUUUACCCCACACAACUGGACAUAAGAGGACACAAAAGCACAGCCCAGUUACCGGUUUACUGGCUGAAAAAGUCACAGCUCCAAACUCUUAAAAAAUAUUUACGCUCCACCAUUAUGAGCGUUUAGAUCAUUAAAAACAGCAGAGCUCUGAGCCGCUCAUUUGUAUUAUGUUAGCGAUUGUGCAGAUAGAGAUACCCUGGGGUCUUCCUGUGAAUAUUAUGAAAAGUAGGGUCCAGACCAGCUCCUUUUGUUAGUGUUAUCUUGAGGUAACAUGUGCUGUGAAUUGGUGCUACAUAAAUAAAGAUUAGCAGCAGUUAGCUUGAGCGCCACGCAAGUCAGUUGAGCUUUUGCAGAGCCGUCGCUAAGAUGGAGAGCGCAUAAUAAGCAGCAUGUUUUAACACAAGGAGAAACUACUGCACCCAGUGUCUUCUUUGGGGUGCUCACAGUGUUUAUUUAGCAUAUAAUUAGCUUCUUCAGCUGCUAAACUGUAGUAUUUCACAGGGUGAUUGUGUUGUAGCUACGGGCAAUUAUCAUAAACUAGAUGGGGCAGGACAGGUCACCAAGUCUCGUCAUAAAAGCAUGUCAUGUGUGGACCAGGAGAUCUCAGCUGUACAUGUACUGUGCAUGUAGACGCACCGUGUGAGACAUAUCUUGGACCACACAGUGCUUAACCGAUUUUCAACACCUUCUGCAUUGUCCUCUAGGUUGAAACAAGACGUAACUGUAGAACAGGUAUUUUCCAUUAUCCCCGCCUGCCCACACAGCUGUUCAGGAAAGCCCAAAUCCUCCAUCCAAGGUCAAGUUUACCCAAGAUACUGCAGUACAAUACCCCUAUAAAACCUCCAUCACACUCCACCAGAACACAAUAGAGGAGAGACCCCCCUCACCCGCCCUCUGCAUACAUACCUCCACUUUCCAACACUUUGAUGCUAUCAUCUUCCUGCUGAGCAGAUGGUUUUUCCAAGACUCUGAAGCAUCAUCCCACUUCUGUUGUUACUUGAUUCAUGCAGCAGUGGAGAAAAAAUAUCUCCCCUUUCCACACCUUACCCCCUCCUCUCCCUGAGGUCCUUUGUUCGGGCUCGGCUGUGUUCCUGUUUUGACCAUAAAAGCUGCGUAAAGGGAGAGGAAAAGACAAUACGUACAACAAGUUUUGGCCCUCAUGCAGACAUUCAGGAGCCCAAUUGGAUGAGGAUUUGCCGUGAUGGAAAGAGGAAGACCCCCUCCUCUCACCUCUCCUUCCACCCCUUCAUUAGAAGCCGGAGCAUUGUAUUUACGAGGUGAAGGGGGCACAUGAGAGAGUUGGAAAGAAAGGCUCCCUCAUCAGGGAUACAAGUAUGACAGAAAGGAAAAAAAGGUUGAUUUAGGAUGGAGGAGCCAGAGGUAAAGAGGGACCGAUAGGCUGAGAGUUGCUGCGCAGGAAUGUUUUAUCAGGGUUGGUCAGGGUCAGGUGGAGUCCACUCAUGAUCUGUGUAGGAGGUGUAAAAAUUGAGCUGUGGAAAACAUUUAUGUAAGAAAACUAAACACCCAAAUCCAAACUUCACUGCCUACACUGGCUGAAAAGUUUUUAACUGUGAGGAAACGGCUUUUCCUGGAGUCGUAAGUGUUACUUUACCCAGAGGGGAGUGGUAGAGGAAGGUUGUGUGGUGAUUCAAAUUGAAAUGGUUUAUCCCAGGAGGACAAUGCAUGGAAUUUUGCACAGGAAAUCUAACGUGGUCUUGUGUGGGUUGUGCUAUUGGGAAGGUUUUCCACAAUUGAAUGGGCCUAUACUUCUGAAACAAAGAUGGAAAGUCAAGCUGGGGACUCUCAACACUGGCCACUGCAUCAGAAGAUGUUCUGAGCAGUGGUGCUCCAGUGUCUUGCUGAAAUAUGAAGGUCUUCCUUUAAAAAGUGAUUGGAUGUCUGGAUGGCAGCAGAUGUAGUUCCUAAACCUGUAGAUAUUGUUCAGUAUUAAUGGAGCCUUCACAGAUGUUGAAGAUACCCAAGGCAUGGUCUCUGAUGAUCCCCAGUCCAUUAGGGAUGCUGGCUUUGAACUGUGUGCAGGUAGCAAGCCUUCUCUUUAGGGGGGAGAAUUCAGUGUCAAAUUUAGAUUCAUUGGUCCAUCUCUAAUGGGCUCAGUCCCAGAGAGGUCACCAGCAUUUCUGUGGACAGAACAGCAGCAACAGCAAGGCUCAAAACAUUCAUAGCUAGACCAAAUGAGUCAUUUCUAAGCAGUAACUUGACUAAAUAAACCAUAGCUAGUAGAAAUCUUUGAUCUUGGUUUCUGCCUCUUCUCAUAGAAGCAUGGAUUUCACUCUUGGGUGGUGUCAGUGUUACAUUAUUUCUCUUCUGGUGCUUUUAGCUUGUGUCUCUGUAUGAAACCUAUUCAUUGUUCAGACUCAGAGCAUGUGUUAACUUGCAGAGAAAAACACAAUAGACCACAAAACUUCAUCUCACCUUGGCUGUGAUAACUGUCCUUGAGCUGUCUUUUCAGCUUUUGCUUUUAUGAAUGUGCGAAUGUGUCUGUACUGUACGUGUCUACAUAUUUAAGUAAUAUGAAAGGUAGGAUAUGCACAGUUUUGACUCAUUAUGCGGUUUUAUUGUGUAAGACUUCACUAACAGAACCCCUCCCAUUCUAUUUCCAUUUCCAUUUUUCAUUCCUUUGUCACAGUUUUCUCUGUCAUUUUCUCUGGAAUGACAGAAAUGAACAAACCCGGGAGUCUCCUUACAGAUUCCUCCUGCAUGCUCUCAGUCUCAGACAAAUGUUAUCACAUCUCUGUUUAGGCUGGGCUCUUAUGCCUUCAUUGUCUAGCUAGCUAACCCCUGGCUGGUGAGUCAUGUUUAACACUUUGUUUUGCCUGUGUGUGCAUGUGCACAUUGGACAAGAAAGGGAAACUGCACAAAUAGACACACAAGUAUUUCAUAAUCGCCUCAGCUGCCUCACUCCAGUCUUUUGCCAAUAACACAAUCCCAAUAACUCUCAGGCCAAAUCCUGUAACCCUCAAAAAUACAAGCCCAGUUCAAGUCCAUCCCUGCCUUCACUCUGCAAAAGCAACAGAGACUUACCCUGAGCUGAAUUUGUCAAAGCAUUACAUAGCACAUAGCAGCCUUUUUACAUUCCUUAUGGACAGAAUUUUUAGACCAAUGUGAUUAACAAAAAAGAGCAACUUUACUCCACUGGUAUCGCCCGGCUCUUCUCAGAUUUUAUGUUGCCUUCAAACUUUUCGGGUCCAGAACAUAUUUCACGAUUUGUAAUUUUUAGCAGAGGAACAGCCUAUCCAUGAGGACAGUUUUCUAGCAUGACAACGGUAAAGAAGGCAUCUAGAGUUCACAGUUCCAGAGUGUGAGGAAGUGUGAUCUGGUUUUGUUAAUGAGAAUAAAUGUAUGUUGUUGUGGGCUUUGGGCCCAUGUGAAUGAAGUUUUUAACACAGCCACAUAAUCCAUAAGAAAGUGAGAUGUGAUGAUCAAACAUAAAAGAUAAAAUGCUCGAUUUAAGACACAAGAGUGAGGCAAGAACAGUGCACACAUCUAUAAAGUAUGAAGCUAUAGGUGGAGGAGGUUAAUAAGAGCUCAGUUUCUAGGAGCAAACACAGGGGAUAUUUUACUGUCCAUAAAGACCAAAUCAAAUCAAAAAGAAAGAAAAUGUUGGACUAAGAUUCACAAACAUGUCACCAUUGCUCCUUUUGCUCUCCGCUUAUAUUAUAGUUUUCUUUCUGUUUCUAUGUGUCAAACUUGAUUUUUAACCUAGUUUACAUGAAGAAACACUAAUCGCCUCUCUGUUCUCCUUUCCACAGGAUGAAGUAAAGGUCCCCUCCAAACUCAGCGUCUCCAAAUCAAUGAAGGUGUCUGAAACAGUGUCAGGGAGUAGAGGAGGAAGUCUGCUGGAGCUCAAAGAAGGUGAUGAAGAACCUGCAGAGGAGGGAGGAGAGGGCGAGAAGGCAGACAAACCUCAUGUAGACCUCUCCUCAGAUGAGGAGGGAGUGGAGGUGGAGGAGGUCAUCGAAAUGGAGACCCGUGCUGAGCGAAUCAAGCGCAGCAGCCUGCAGCGCGUACAAAACCUGAAAACAGUUUUCUCAAAGGAGAAGAUGGACAAGACCAAAGCCAAGACCAAACAGAACCUGGAGAAGACCAAACAGAAAGCCAAGGAGAACCUGGAGCAUACAAGGCAGAAGACAAAAGACAAUCUGGAAAAGACCAAGCAGAAAACCAAGGAAAACAUCGAGAAGACCAAACAGAAGACCAAGGAAAACAUCGAGAAGACCAAGCAUAACAUUGAGAAGAAGAUGGGAAAACUGGGAACCCGCAUGAGCAUGAACCCUGACCGCAAGCAGAAAAUGCAGACAUCCCGUGAAAAGGUGAAGAAGGCCUUCACUCCAGACCAUGUAGUCUACGCCCGGUCCAAGACUGCCGUGUACAAGGUGCCGCCCUUCACCUUCCGCGUCAAGAAAAUUCGUGAGGGUGAAGUCGAGGUGGUCCAAGGCACCGAGAUGGUUGAGGUGUCCCCUGUGGAGGAGCCCUUCAGUGGGGUGGAUGCAGAAGUGGAGGAGGGAGCAGAGGAGGUGGAAAUGGAGAUGAUGAAUGGAGGAGAGGAUGAGGUGGAGGCUGAUGAGGAUGAAGAGGAGGACAGCCAAGAUGUCCUGCAGGAGGAUGACGACAGAGAUAGAGACAGCGACUAG